UAGUAUUCUUAAGAACCAACAGGUGGCAGGUGUGUGGCAAUACUCUCAGAACAGUUCGUUCCGUGGUUAGUGGUAGUAAUGUGUUAACUGAGUGCCUCGUGAGUGUGUUACAUACGAUCAUCGGCCUGACUUCAACACUGUCAGGAAAAUGUCUCACAUGCAACGGUUAGCCGUUCAAAAUGAAUUUGGGUACCAGCACACGUUGAUGUAUGGGCGCUACACGCGCGACCUGGGCGAGUUCGCCAAGGAGGAGGCGCGGCGCGUGCGGGCCCUGGAGCGGCGGCGGCGCCGCGACGACCGCCUGCGCAACAAGGAGCUGCAGGCCAAAGCGCGCGGGCCGUGCGCGCAGCGCGUCGCCGCCGCCGCCGCCUGCGUCUGGCGGCACACCUUCGCGCGCCUCGGCGAGGACUGGGUCUUCCUGGCGCUGCUCGGCGUCAUCAUGGCCCUGCUCAGCUUCUUCAUGGACCGCGGCAUCAGCAUGUGCAACAAGGCUCGUCUUUGGCUGUACAACGACCUGGCUACCCACCCCGUCGCCAAGUACAUGGCUUGGAUCAGCCUGCCCGUGUGCCUCAUCCUCUUCUCUGCAGGCUUCGUACACAUCGUUGCUCCGCAGUCCAUAGGGUCCGGCAUCCCCGAGAUGAAGACGAUCCUGCGCGGCGUCGCGCUCAAGGAGUACCUCACGUUCCGCACGCUCGUCGCCAAGGUGGUGGGGCUGACGGCCACGCUGGGCAGCGGCAUGCCCCUGGGCAAGGAGGGUCCAUUCGUGCACAUUGCUAGCAUAGCAGCGACCCUGUUAUCCAAAUUGGUAACGUCCUUUCAAGGAAUCUACGAAAACGAAUCUCGGAACUGCGAAAUGUUGGCGGCUGCGUGUGCGGUGGGCGUGGCAAGUUGUUUCGCUGCGCCGAUAGGAGGUGUUCUGUUCAGCAUCGAAGUAACAACUGUUUAUUUUGCGGUUCGUAAUUAUUGGCGAGGCUUCUUUGCGGCCGUGUGCGGAGCCACUGUCUUCCGUCUGUUAGCCGUUUGGUUUCAAAAGGAAGCAACUGUUACUGCAGUGUUCGGGACGAAUUUCACCCUUGAUUUCCCCUUCGAUCCACAAGAACUCAUUGUUUUUGCACUGAUUGGAGCUAUCUCUGGAUUGGGUGGAGCCUUUUAUGUGUGGAUGCAUAGACAGUAUGUGCUUUUUAUGAGAAGAAAUAAGAAGAUGACAACAUUUCUUCAGAAAAAUCGUUUCCUGUAUCCGGGCAUUGUUUCCCUAAUAGUUGCAACAGUAUCAUUUCCAUUAUUUCUAGGCCAGUACAUGGCAGGUGACCUCAAUUCGCACGAUCAAGUAUCUGGUCUAUUCACAAAUUUUACGUGGACCAAAGAAGACUUAACAGUGGAAGAAGCCGAAAUAGUCAGUCAUUGGUCAACAACGCAUACCGAUGUCUUUGUCAGUUUAGCUGGUUUCACAAUUUUCAACUUCGUGUUCUCCAUCAUCGGCUCAACCAUCCCUGUGCCGUCCGGCAGCUUCAUCCCGGUGUUCAAGGUGGGCGCGGCGCUGGGCCGCAUCAUGGGGGAGCUGAUGCACGUGUGGUUCCCACGAGGCGUGCGCUAUGGCGGCACGGUCACCCCCAUUAUCCCAGGUGGGUAUGCUACAGUAGGGGCUGCUGCAUUCUCAGGAGCUGUUACGCACACUAUCUCAGUGUCUGUCAUUGUUUUUGAGAUGACUGGUCAAAUUACCCACAUCAUUCCGAUCAUGAUUGCUGUGUUAAUAUCAAAUGCUAUUGCAUCGUUCCUCCAGCCAUCUUUAUAUGACAGUAUUAUUCUCAUUAAGAAAUUGCCGUAUCUUCCUGAUCUGCUACCAUCAAGUUAAGGAAGUCCUGAAGCAGAAUCGAAACCUCAAAGGAUUUCCGUUGGUAGAUAGUCCAGAAUCGAUGAUUCUCUUGGGAUCCAUUCAACGUUUGGAACUGAUAAAACUUAUUGAACGCCACAUCGGCAGAGAAAGGCGAAUGCAGGUCGCCGCUAAGUGGCAGAAAGAAGCUCAAGAAAGAGCAAGAGAAGAAAUGGAAAGGAAAAUGCGGGAAGAAUCUCAGAAAAAUCGAAGACCUUCACGAUUUGAAGUUGUACCUGCCCCAGAUAUUCUGAAAUUGCAACAGCGAUCAACAAAUGAAUUAUCUCCUAAACUUAAAGACACAAUUACACCUGGAGUUGGAAGCCAACCAAAAAAAUCUAUUCUGAAGAAAACAUAUUCUUUCACAACACGCAGUUUCAGCCCUCUCGUGAGUCCUAAUAUGACUCCUUAUACUACUGUCACAGGAGCAGAAAGCCGCAUUCGACUGGCAUUUGAGGCAAUUUUUCGAAAAUCAGCAACUCUUCAAGAUGUGAACCCUGAUCAGGGAUCAAAUGGUGAUGUUGAUGCUACUGAUGGUGAAACAUUAAAUCAAUCUGCUGAUGUGCCAACAAGCCCUAGAGCUUCAAAGAAAGUACAAUUGCCCCAUGAAAGGGUCAUAGACAUGUCACCUGAAGAUCAGAAACACUGGGAAGAGGAGGAAAUGGGGAAAAGCAUCACUUUUGACAAAUGUCAUAUUGACCCAGCUCCUUUUCAACUAGUGGAGAAAACAUCCCUCCUAAAGGUGCACUCAUUGUUUUCUAUGGUUGGAGUAAACCAUGCAUAUGUCACUACAAUUGGAAGAUUAAUAGGUGUGGUAGGCCUAAAAGAACUUAGAAAAGCAAUUGAAGAUGCCAAUGCUGGAAAUUUACCAGCUCACCCUCCUCAAAAUACUCCAGUGACUGGCAAUGCAUUACCUACUAGUGAUCCAAGAAGUAACAGCACUGUGACCUCAAUGGACUCUGCUCUAAGUAGCAACACAGCAGCCAGUGAAUCGGAUGCAGAAGAACAUGUGCAGUUGAAACGAUGACCCAAAGUAUUUAUAGGUAGUAGAAUGCCCUGAGAUUCAGUUAUUGUAAAUAUGAUACUAAGAAAAUCUCAUUUUCAAAACAGUUGUACCAUGUGAUGGUGAUCUCUGCCUUUUUACUAGAUAAUUUACAAAUUUAUGGUUCAAAUGCUUAACAAAUUUUUUACAGGCUUGAAUUUUAUUUCAAUGGUAAACAUUAAAUUUUAUUUUUGGUAGCUAUUUUUAUCUUGUCAGGUUUUAUGAUAGAAAGUAAAAGAUUAAUUUCUUUUUAACUGUUCUACCUAGCAAUGCAGUUUUAAAUUCAUGAAACAUUCUUUGUACUCCUCUUUUCAUUAAUAUAUUAUGUUGUACUUGAUACUAUAAAGAAUUUCAUGUGGUACCUAUUACUUUGUUAGAGUAGUUAGUAUUACUAGUUUUUAAAUGUGUUAUGUGAAUGUUAAGUUUCAUACAUUAUGAAAGGAGAUUAGAUAUAAUUUUAGCAAUAAAUUAUACCCUUCUGAUUCAAAAGAUGUACUAUAAAAUGUGAAGAGCAGAAAUUUCUUCAGCAAUAUGGACAUUACAACUGUCCUUUUUAUAUAACUUUAAAAAUUAAAAUUAGAGUGCAACUAGUCUAACCUGUACACAAUAAUUAUUAUAAUUUUAACUACUUUUCCUGCCUGUAAAGCCUUGUCUUCAUUUACACAUUUGCCUAUAGUGAGACUCCAGGUACAGUCUUCUUUUUAUUUGUCAAAUUAUGAAAUAUAUUCCUAACUGUGAUAAUUUUUAAUUUGACUGUAGUUAGUUUGCCAUCCCUCACAUCUCAUUUGAAUCAAAAUUACUAAUAAAUGUGAUGACAUAUUUGAUAUUCCAUAAAUUGCUGUUAAAAGUACCUGUGGUAUGUGCGCUGCUUUACCAGUACAGCCAUUAUUUAAGCUCUUGUAAUGUAUAUGAAAGAUGUCUGGUGCUUGUAAAAUAAAAUUGUAAAUCAAAGAAAUAUAUGCAUUAAAAAUGCAUCGCUAAACAAAAUGCUCACCAUUUAAUU